CCGACCCUGCUCAUUUGCAUACACGCAAUGUCAUACUAACUUCAUUUCCAUCCCAUGACCUUUUUCCCAUGAAAAUGAAACAGUUUGCCUUCUUUUUCCUCCUUUUUCUCGCUUCCCAAACGGUCCAUUCCUGGAAAAAAGACGAGUUCCGAGCCUGCGACCAGACCCCUUUCUGCAAGCGAGCUCGAUUUCGCAAACUCGGCUCCUGCACUCUAAUCGCCACCGAUGUCUCCAUUUCCGACGGUGACCUCACUGCCAAGCUCAUUCCUAAAGCUAAACAAUAUCAUGAUCAAGAUCCGAUCAAGCCGUUGACUCUCUCUGUUUCAGUCUACCAAUAUGGGAUCCUGCGGCUCAAGAUCGACGAAGAUCCCUCGUCGAACCCACCCAAGAAACGGUUCCAAGUCCCCGAUGUGAUUGUCCCCGAAUUCGAGGGUAAAAAACUCUGGUUACAGAGUGCCACCACGGAGAAACUCGACGGAGAUAUUGGGGGUUUAUCUUCCGUGGUCUACUUAUCCGACGGCUACGAGGCGGUUCUCAGACACGAUCCUUUUGAGGUUUACGUGAGGGAGAAAGCAGGUAAAAGACGCGUAGUUUCAUUGAAUUCACAUGGGCUAUUUGAUUUUGAACAAUUGAGAGUGAAAAAGGAGGAUGAGGACUGGGAGGAAAGGUUUAGAGGCCAUACUGAUUCUAGGCCAUAUGGUCCACAGUCCAUUAGUUUCGAUGUUUCUUUUCAUGAGUCUGAUUUUGUGUAUGGAAUACCGGAACAUGCUACUAGUUUUGCUCUUAAACCCACUAGGGGACCUGGAGUUGAGGAAUCUGAACCAUAUCGAUUGUUUAACUUGGAUGUUUUUGAGUAUGUGCACGAUUCACCUUUUGGGAUUUAUGGUUCUAUUCCGUUCAUGGUAUCACAUGGAAAAUCUGGAAAAAGUUCUGGGUUUUUCUGGUUGAAUGCUGCGGAGAUGCAGAUUGAUGUAUUGGCAAAGGGUUGGGAUGCUGACAAUGGGAUUCUGAUGCCCACGGAGCAGAGUCGGAUUGAUACGUUUUGGAUGACCGAGGCUGGGAUUGUGGAUACGUUCUUUUUUGUUGGACCAGGACCGAAGGAUGUUGUCAAGCAGUACAUGAGUGUGACAGGUCUCCCAGCAAUGCCACAGCUGUUUUCCACGGCAUAUCAUCAAUGUAGGUGGAAUUACCGUGAUGAAGAGGAUGUAGAGAAUGUGGAUUCAAAGUUUGAUGAGCAUGAUAUUCCAUAUGAUGUUUUGUGGCUUGAUAUUGAGCAUACUGAUGGAAAGAGGUAUUUCACAUGGGAUAAAUUGCUAUUCCCACAUCCAGAAGAGAUGCAAAAAAAAUUGGUUGCCAAAGGUAGGCAUAUGGUUACAAUCGUGGAUCCACAUAUUAAGAGGGAUGACUCAUUUGAUUUGCACAAGGAUGCUUCCCAGAGGGGAUAUUAUGUUAAGGAUGCAACUGGUAAGGAUUUUGAUGGGUGGUGUUGGCCUGGUUCCUCCUCCUACCCAGACGUGUUAAAUCCAGAGAUUAGGUCAUGGUGGGCCGAGAAAUUUUCUUAUAAGAAUUAUAUUGGUUCAACUCCUUCAUUGUACAUUUGGAAUGACAUGAACGAGCCUUCUGUGUUUAAUGGACCAGAGGUGACAAUGCCCAGAGAUGCUUUACAUCUUGGUGGAGUGGAACAUCGGGAGUUACAUAAUGCCUAUGGAUAUUACUUCCACAUGGCAACAGCUGAUGGCCUUGUAAAGCGAGGAGAUGGUAAGGACAGACCUUUUGUUUUGUCCAGAGCAUUCUUUGCUGGAAGUCAAAGGUAUGGAGCAGUCUGGACUGGUGAUAAUUCUGCAGAUUGGGAUCACCUCAGGGUUUCAGUCCCGAUGAUUUUGAGUCUUGGUCUUACUGGGAUGUCAUUCUCUGGUGCCGAUGUUGGUGGAUUUUUUGGCAAUCCUGAUCCCGAGUUAUUAGUGCGUUGGUAUCAACUUGGUGCUUACUAUCCUUUCUUUAGAGGUCAUGCCCAUCAUGAUACAAAAAGACGAGAGCCAUGGUUGUUCGGUGAACGAAAUACUGCACUUAUGAGAGAUGCCAUACGUAUUCGUUACACCUUGCUUCCAUACUUUUACACGUUAUUCAGAGAAGCAAAUGUUAGUGGUGUUCCUGUUGUACGUCCAUUAUGGAUGGAGUUCCCAUCUGACGAAGCAGCUUUCAGCAAUGAUGAAGCUUUCAUGGUUGGCAACAGUCUUUUGGUACAAGGGAUCUAUGAGACAAGGGCUAAACAUGCGUCGAUAUAUUUGCCUGGGAAGGAAUCGUGGUAUGACCUUAGAACAGGAACUUCAUACAAGGGAGGAAAGACCCAUAAGCUUGAAGUUUCAGAAGAUAGCAUUCCUGCUUUUCAAAGAGCCGGCACUAUUGUACCAAGAAAAGACCGGCUCCGUAGAAGCUCCACACAGAUGAUGCUUGAUCCCUUUACACUGGUGAUCGCUCUGAACAGUUCCCAGGAAGCUGAAGGUGAACUCUACCUUGAUGAUGGAAAAAGCUUUGACUUCAAACAUGGGGCAUACAUCCAUCGCCGCUUUGUAUUCUCAAAUGGGCAUCUAACAUCCUCGAAUAUGGCACCCUCUCCCCCUGGCAACUCCAAAUUUUCUUCCGACUGCUUCGUCGAGCGGAUUAUUCUUCUUGGAUAUACCCCUGGGGCCAAAACUGCUCUUGUUGAACCAGAAAACCAGAAGGCCGAAAUUGAACUUGGUCCACUUCGUUUCGGGGAACAACAUGGUGCUGCUGCUGUAACCAUCCGGAAGCCUGGUGUGAGGGUUGCAGAAGAUUGGAAGAUAAAAUUUUUGUAAGAUAUUCAUUUAGUUUGAUGAAUAUGUAAUGUUAAGCUCUCCUUGUAGGUGUUAUUCUUGAGUUUUUAGCCUACGGUAAAGAAAACUGAGAAGC